AUGAGUAGAAAAAGACAACUAGAUUCAGAAAAUACAGAUUACAACUAUUUGUCUUCAAAUUCAACAUGCUCAUCUACAAACUCACAGACUUUAUCAUCCUCACCAAUACAAUCAACAUUACAAACUUACAAUUUUAUACCUUCUUCACCAAUACGAAGUAAGAAAGUACAAUUAACCAAGAUCCAUACAGAAGUACACCAAAAAACUAUAAAUAUGAUGAUUCAAGCUCAAUUGGAAUUACAGCGACAAGAAAAAUUAAAUGUCAAUAUGUGUAAUGAAGUGAAUAACGAUACAAUAGUAGAAGAACACGGAGCAAGUACAUAUUUCCAACAACCAUACUGGUAA